GUCAGUCGUUAUGGAAACAUCAAUCGAAACACGAAUAAAAUAGGUCAAUAUCACUCGAUUUAUUGAAUUCUGUCCGGCAGGGUUAGUAGGGUAGCAUGCACGCACAAAACACGAUCUUACUCAUUAUAAUACUAACCAUAAGUUGUGAUGAGGACCUCAAAAUCCGGAUCGGCUUGCCCGAGUAUAUCUGUGAUAAAGAUGGCGGAGUUAGAGACGUGAGCAACGAAUUAACGACCAUCAGACUUUUAGGCAAAGACGCUCUGAACGUGUCGUACAAUUUCGACGUGAACUUUCGCACGAUCGGAAAGAAAUGUUACAACGAUCAGAGAUGCACGCUGAUGAAGUGGAAGGCCGUGAGAGAGUUGGAUCAUUAUCUUAAGAAUUACCCAGUGGAGAAAUUGCGCAGUGGGCUGAUCCAAAUUAACAACACUAUGUUCGACCCUGGAGUUAAAUACAUCAUUAACGUCCAGCUGAUUAGUCAAGGGAAAGUCGUGGAGGAGAAACAACUCAGUCUUGACUACGUCGACGACGCCGUAAGGGCGAAAGUCAAAAAACCGAUGGCCUCGUUGCUGCUUCUAGCACCAGAUACUUCGUACGCUUUCGCUAGAUACGUCGUCAAUGCGGAAGUCAACGUUUGCUCUAACAUUUCGGCGUACUACUUCACCUGGGAAGUCACCAACUCACAAAAUGUCACUCAAUUUCCAACCAGAAGCGCCGAAUUGGCCAUUCCUGCCAACACAUUCCAGGCUUCUCAGACCUAUACUAUCAAAUGUACUGUAGUUGGAGUCACCAACAACACCCCCAUCGCUGAAAGUCAACAAACCGUCACGGUUUUAAGUAAGGGGUUGCUCUUGCGUCUACCCAUCAAGCGCUUGACCACUCGCCGCGGUAACGACGUGCAAAUCAAAGCCUACGUGAAAGAUCUAGACAACAUAGAUGGCGAAAUCCGGGCGACUUGGUCGUGCAUUGAAACCACCACUGACGAAGAAUGUCAAUACGACAGCGACACGAGCGAAUUGGACGUCUACUCCGGGUUCGACCAGCCCGGAACUUACAAAAUUUCGUUGGAAAUUUCGAAAAGUGAAUUCACCGAAAGCGACUCCUGUAUAGUUGUGGUUAUGGAUAAUGCGGCUAUAGUGGAAAUUGAAGAUAUUGAAUUCCCGACGAAUCCAACCACUGGGAUAACAAUAGAAGCCACGAUUUACGAGCUCCGGACGUUUUGUACCUUACAAUGGACUGCACCGGAAGAGGAGGGUUACGAAAGUGUCGAUUUAUCAACAGUGCCGGGGAACGUCAACGAGGUGAUCAACGUCACAAUGAAGGAAGAUUUGUUCUUGUACGAACUGGAGGAGUUUAGUAAUGACACGAUUGACAAGAAGCACGACUUAGUGUUACCCCCACCUAGUGGUAACUGGGAGGGGCUUAAAGGAGACCGUAAGUACUUGUUUCGCUUAACAGUCACGUGUCCCAUUAUGGAUGACCCUUCCGACAACUUUAACACGAGUGUCAGUGUGACCUCCACCACUGACAUUGUAGUCGAAACCAACUCACCCCCUGUCACUCAGUCGCUAGAUGUCGCCCCCCUGCAAGGCGUCGCUUUCAUCACCACUUUCACUUUCAAAACCCAGAGGGCGCUGGAUAAGGACGGGGACGGACCUACGUUGUACAAAUUCGGGUUUACUUUGAAUCAAAGGGACAUUGUUUUGUGGACUUUGGGCGAAGUGACCAACUGUGAAGCGACUUUGCCCUAUUCUGAUAAUGGGGUGCCGACGUUCCUGGAAAGUUGUGACAGUUUCGGGACUUGUGGGCGGCUUCUGGGACCCACUAUUCAGACGAAGUUGCCCGAUAACAUUGAUAAGGAGGUGAUUUUGCAACGGUUUAUCGCGAAAAUUGAUGCUAAGGAUUACGACAGAGGUUUCACUGAAGCUUUCAUUAUUUUAUCGAGCUAUAAAUCAGACGAAGAUGAUAAAAUAAAGGAAGUUGUGGCACGAAAAGUCAACGAAGAAGUCGAGAAGUAUGUAAAUAGUGACGUCAACGACGUGGUUCUAAGUAAUGUCAACGAAUUGAUGCGCAAUAUCAACGAGUUUAAUUCAGAUUUACAACUUCCCGAGGACGUUAUUAAUAAUGUGGUGCGACUGCGCAACAAAUUCUCAGACGAACCAAUUAAAUACACGCAACGACAACUGUUGUCGUUUCGGGGGAAAAGGGCCAGUUCUUUGACAGUCCACGACGUCCAGAACUACCUCGAAAUUUCAGAAUUGAUAAUCACUACGUCAAACGACUUAAGUAAGGUAAAUCUCGAGAAGGAGUAUCUGAGGAAGCAGUUGCGCAACCACAUGGAGAAACUUUGUACCAACAUGAAGAAAACGCAAGUUUCUUUGGAACUCAAGACGGUGAUAUUUUCCGUCGAAAAACUCAAGAAAAACUCCCUGAACAAUUUCAUUUCGGUUCCUUUCGAGGCAAACUCGUGGCAGGUCUUCGGGAGAGUCAAACUGGGGAGUGUUGUGAAGGACAGCAAGGACAAGUGUGUCGGGAAGGCCGUAUUCCGGGACUAUCUCGACAAAAGCGGGAUCACGUACUUCGUGGACGUUCUGAACGCCGAAGAGGUCAACGAGGCCGCGGAAAUAGUGAUUUUUCUGCCGAAAAACAAGUCCAUGGACGGCACUCCCAAAUGUCUUGUCUAUUACAACAACGGCUGGCGCUCCGAAUGCAAAAAAAUGCAAAACAUAGCCAACUACGUCAAGUGCACUUGCAAGCACUUGGGCUACUACUACUUGGAGUACACUCAGACUACGAAUUCUCCGGCGGUGACAUCAACCACACUUCACACCCACCCAACGACGCCUCUGCCCGAAAAAAUCCUAAUCAACGCCAGCGAAUCUUCAUCGCAACUCACAUCCGAUAAAACGUCAAAAGGAAAUUAUGACACAGUAUCAUACGUCGUAAUCGCCGUUUCCGUUAUCGGAAUAAUAAUCCUGGCUGUCACCGUCCGAAAAAUAUUCCAUGAUGAUGACGAGAACGAGGAGUCCGAAACGUUCGACUUCCCCAAGUACGCGCAGCUGCACAACGAGGAGUUUUUAAAUGAUGCACACAUAUAAGCACCGUGUUUUCAAAAAUGUGUCACCUGCUGUUCCUCUGCUGUGGUUUCAAGAUCUGGAAAAAAAAAAUUAAAAGCACACUUGUUUGCGUUUGAUUAAAUAAAUAAAGAGUUGAUAAGAGUUUAA